UUCUACUAUGAGGUUAGGUAUUCGACAUAAUGCUCAAAAAUCUGAAGUCAUUCAGUACUGUUUAGCAGCAUAUAGCAGUUCAGUGCAAUUGAGAACCAUUUGAUACGGAUUGUUUGAAUCGACGUUUGGUAAUUCGUUUAACUCGUACAGUUUUCUCAGGUUACGAUGGAAGAACUAGGCAUUAUUUUACCCGAUAAGGAUGUAAGUGAAAUUGAUUGUAAACCAGCUGCUGGUCAUUAUACAGGAGCUGGAGAUGAGUUGGACGUUGAAGAUCUUUACACUAAAUAUAAGAAGCUGCAAAGAAUGCUGGAAUUUCUUGAGGUACAAGAAGAAUAUAUCAAAGAUGAACAACGUAACCUGAAGAAAGAAUAUUUGCAUGCGCAAGAAGAAGUUAAACGUAUCCAGAGUGUACCUUUGGUUAUUGGACAAUUUUUAGAAGCUGUUGAUCAAAAUACUGGUAUAGUGGGUUCUACAACAGGCUCAAAUUAUUACGUACGAAUUUUAUCUACUAUAGACAGAGAACUGUUGAAGCCUUCCGCUAGUGUAGCGCUACACAAGCAUAGUAAUGCUUUAGUGGAUGUAUUGCCACCGGAAGCUGACUCUAGCAUUUCCAUGUUACAAGCAGAUGAGAAACCAGAUAUUCAGUACAGUGAUAUAGGUGGAAUGGACAUGCAGAAGCAAGAGAUCAGAGAAGCAGUGGAGUUACCUCUCACUCAUUUCGAAUUGUACAAACAGAUUGGUAUCGAUCCACCACGAGGUGUACUUAUGUACGGACCACCUGGCUGUGGAAAAACUAUGUUAGCAAAAGCUGUCGCCAGACAUACCACUGCUGCCUUCAUUCGCGUAGUGGGUUCGGAAUUUGUGCAAAAAUAUUUGGGUGAAGGACCGAGAAUGGUUCGAGACGUGUUUCGUUUGGCGAAAGAAAAUUCACCGGCUAUAAUAUUCGUCGAUGAGAUAGAUGCUAUCGCUACAAAAAGAUUCGACGCUCAAACUGGAGCAGAUCGUGAGGUGCAACGUAUUCUCUUGGAAUUACUCAAUCAGAUGGAUGGUUUUGAUCAGACGACUAAUGUCAAAGUUAUCAUGGCGACAAAUAGAGCGGAUACGUUGGACCCUGCGUUGCUUCGUCCUGGUAGAUUGGAUCGUAAGAUUGAAUUUCCAUUACCCGAUCGUCGACAGAAGCGCUUAAUUUUCUCCACAAUUACCGCGAAAAUGAACUUGAGCGAAGAAGUGGAUCUUGAGGAUUAUGUAGCACGUCCAGAUAGAAUUUCUGGCGCUGAUAUUAAUGCUAUCUGUCAAGAGGCAGGAAUGCACGCGGUCCGUGAAAAUCGUUACAUUGUUUUAGCAAAAGAUUUUGAAAAAGGUUAUAAAAAUAAUAUUAAGAAAGAUGAAUCUGAACAUGAAUUCUACAAGUAAACCGUACGAUAUACCGUUUGUCGCCUAUAUCUUACAUACAUAUAUAACUAACGUACGUAUAAUAUAUAGACGUGUUAUAAGAUUAAAAUGAUGAAUACAAUUGCUGUGUCUUUUAUUAA